GCUCCUCACCUAGUUCCUGGCCGACCCGCUUUGUUUUGCCAGGCUUUUGUCCUCACUAAUCUCUACUAUCUUGCCGACUGACUACUGUCAUACACUCGCCGAUUUGGCCACGCCUGAAAUACCUUUCCGCCCCUGUUGAUGGGCUCUUUUCGUUGGUAGGCACUGCCACUACUUCAUCUCUGCGGCCAAAUUCCAUUUGUAUCGCUGUCGAACUAUUGACGCCGAUAACGCUCACUUUCCUUCACCUCCAGUCCGUCAUGGACCAUACCACACCCUCGUCUCCAGAGAAAACCAGCUAUGCUGCACCAGCAUUAAGUGCGUCACUCAACUUUGACGAAAAGCCGGACAAUCAGCCAUCGCUCGCCUCGUCGGAUUCAGUCCACAGCUCAGGUCCAAUGGCGGUAGACGAACAUCCACAACAGGAAAAACACAUGACCGAGUCCACCAGCACCCAACCAUCAGGGGCAGACUUGGAACCAGUUCGGUCCGCCCACCCAAGCGUACGCGAUGUGUCCAAAAUACCCAAUGGCGGCCUAUGGGCUUGGCUCCAGGUCCUCGGUGGCUUCUUCCUGCUCUUCAACUCGUGGGGCAUCAUCAACACGUUUGGCUCCUACCAGGCCUACUACGAAACAACACUCCUCCCAAACUCAAGCGCAUCGUCCAUCUCAUGGAUAGGCUCCAUCCAAGCUUUCCUUCUCAUGAUGGUCGGCGCCCUUACAGGUCCCAUCUACGAUGCUGGCUAUUUCCGUGAACUGCUCCUUGUCGGCAGCUUCUUGCUUGUCUUCGGCCAGAUGAUGCUGAGUCUCUGCCAUGCAUACUGGCAAGUCCUUCUUGCUCAGGCUUUUUGCAUCGGCAUCGGAACAGGCUGUCUCUUUGUGCCCAGCGUGGCUAUCCUCUCCACCUACUUCAGUACUAAAAUUGGCACCGUCAUUGGUAUAGCUGCAUCCGGCUCUUCUUUUGGUGGUGUCGUAUACCCCAUUGUAUUUCACAAACUACUCCCGCAAAUUGGAUUUGCCUGGACGACUAGAGUCCUAGGUUUCAUUAUCUUGGCCACCAUGGUCAUACCCAAUGUGUGCAUGCGCGUGCGCGUUUUACCGGCAAAAUCGCGCUCGCUGCUUGAUCUGCGUGCGUUCCUGAUUCCUGCGUACAGUCUGCAGGUUACGGGUUUCUUCCUGGGUUUCAUGGGCUUGUAUAUGCCCUUCUUCUUUGGACAGGUGUAUGCGAUUCAAGAGCAAAUCACGAGUGAAGGGCUGGCGUUUUACUUGCUGGCUGUCAUGAACAGUACCAGUAUGUUUGGCCGAAUCCUUCCCAAUGUGUUGUCGGAUAAGAUCGGGCCAUUCAAUGUUGUAAUCCCUUGCGCGCUGAUUUCCGGUAUUCUCUGCGUUUGCUUCAUGGCCGUCUCUUCUUCAGCGGGUAUCAUCGUGAUGAUGGCAUUCUACGGCUUCUUCUCUGGCUCCUUCGUCAGUCUGCCCCCAACUAUUAUCGUCCACCUCAGUGCCGACGCGCGGGACAAGAUCGGCACUAGAUUCGGCCAAAGCUUUGGUAUUGUGGCCAUAGGAUUGCUUGUCGGUACACCAAUUGGGGGCGCAAUCCAGGAAAACGGUGGUUUUGAUGAUUUGUGGACAUAUGGGGGGUGUUUGCUGUUCAGUAGUGCUGCACUGCUAUUUUGUGCGCGGGUGGCGUUCAAGGGCCGGGGCCUCAUGGUUAAAGCUUGAUGAGAAAUGGCUGACAUGAAAUCGCACUAGAUGAUUACGACCUGAAAAGCCAAUCAAAAGUUACAUGAUUAGUUUAGUCUAUGUAUAAUGAUCCCAAUUAACACCUGUACCGCAAAGAAAUCUGGCGUGCGUCAUAGUGUGUAAUAGCUCCUCAUGGAAUAGAAAAAG